AUGGCCGCCAACAGCUCUCGCACUCGGGUCCCAUCCACUAAAAGGUCUUCCCAUGAAAAUCAAUUCAUUGGAUGGGAGAAUAUAACACUCGUUCCUGGUUCACCCAAGAUUUUCGCGAAAGAUUCCAAGAUGUUCUACUCUCAGGUCAACCCACCUAAUUGUCUUCUGGCCGUCCAGUCAAACGCUGCAGGGCCUCUUAACACUCAGCAGGCAACAGUUCAGUACUGGCAGAUCUUGACCAGCUGCCCCCAAAACGAUUGGCGCGUUAUUGGUGAAGCUUGGAUUGAACUUAUUGAACCCGACAAGAGACACUUAUAUCCCUAUUCUGGAGGUGACAAGGCAAAGCCAAAGUGGUGGCCACGUAGACUCCGACACGAAACACCACAUCAUCUUUUGACUAAUAAGCGGAUCAUUCUCUUGAUCCAUAUUCUCCGCAUGUCUGGGAAAGGAAAAAUUACAUGUGCUAAGUUGCUGGAGGCCGCAGAGCAGAAAGCUGAAGCUGGGAAGAUAACAGAAAGGGCACUAACGGUCCUAGACGAGAUCAUCGCAAUUCGAAAGAAUGAAGAGGAAGUAGAAACGCAACGCAACCAUGAUGGCAUUACAGCUACCGGAGCGCCAGACGAGGUGCUGAAUUGGGAGCUCCUCUAA